GGAAUUCCACAUAUGGGGGCGGAUGUUUGUGGUUUUAACGACCCUUCAAACGAAGAACUUUGCCUUCGUUGGCAACAAUUGGGGGCAUUUCAUCCUUUCUUUAGAAAUCACAAUUCUGACGGUUUACCUCCACAGGACCCCUGCCAAUGGGUAUCUGUAGAAAUUGCAACACGCGUCUCUAAUUUAUUUCGUUAUCAACAUUUACCUUUCUUAUAUACAUUACAUUUUCAAGCUUCACUCAAAGGGGGCACAGUUAUUCGGCCACUUUUCUUUGAAUUUCCAAAUGAUUUUAAUACACACACUUUAAAUUAUCAAUUUUUGUGGGGAUCUUCUUUGAUGGUUAUUCCUGUUUUGGAUCCUGGGGUAGAUAAUGUCCGUGCCUAUUUUCCAAUUGAUUCUGUUUGGUAUUCAAUUAGCCAUGCAAACCAAUACGGAUCUGAAUAUUUUUCUGGUUAUUAUAAUUUAAAUGCACCUCGUGAUACUCCUUUACCUACAUUUUUAAGAGGUGGUUCAAUAAUUGUAAAACAAUGGCCAGAACUUACAACAAAAGAAUCUCGAGAAAAUCCUUUUCAAUUAACUGCUGCUUUGGACCCAAAAACUUUAACCGCCGAAGGUCAACUUUAUUGGGAUGAUGGAGAAUCAAUUAUUUCUGAUUUUGAUAGUCAUCAAUUUUAUCAUUUUGAAUUUACAAUUAAAAUUACAAGUGAACACAAAGGGAAUUUAACAAUUAUACGUAAACAUACUCCAAAUAAUGUAAAAGUUUUUUUUAAUAAAAAAAUUCUCCCUGAGAUCUCCUUAAUUUGA